AUGGCGAAAACUAAGACCACGCUCUCACGGACGCCAAGAAGGAGGGCGCAGGAUAAGUCACAAUCUUUCGGGCGCAGGAUAUAUAUAAGGGCCACGCCUCUGCUCCGCCGAUAUAGUCUUGUGACGCCCGUGGUCGAAGGUACAUCUCAAGGAACAGCUGCUCUUGUACUCUUGUGUUUCUCGUGCCUGUCACUCUACACGCAAACAGAUUCAAAUAUGCUUCGACUAACAGCCGUGCUCCUGUUGGCAACGCUGUCAGCGGCGGCGCCCCGGGACGAUAGAAGGGUCGUCGGCAACAGGUGGCUGCAGGCGCGUCCUCAGGGAAGCGAACUGCUCGUCGACGCGCAAAUCGGGAGCGUCCUGAGGCACGCGCCCCAGGGAGCCCGCCUCCUCGCCGUCAGCCCGCCUCUGCCGACCAUCAUCGACAGGCUGCCCGACAAUGCGACGCUCAUCAGGCCGAAUCUCGUGGACACUUUCCGAUGCACUGAUAGGAAAUAUGGCUAUUAUGGUGAUGUCGACAAUGGCUGCCAGGUAUUCCACGUGUGCCUGCCCCUCCACCAGCUGUACCCGGCCAACUUCACCGCCCCAGUCACGUACCAGUUUUCCUUCAUCUGUCCCGAACAAACCGUCUUCACACAGGACGCCAUGGUGUGCGCCUGGGCGAGCGAGGCGCUGCCCUGCGAAGCCACGCCCGAACUCUACUGGAUGAAUGACAACUUCUUCAGGGAGGUGCCCAAGGAAAAUGGCGGUGUCCGUUACGCUCAGCUCAACGAAAAGCCCUAGUUGAUUUUACUUUUCUAAUGCCCUGUUACUUCUCGUAUGAUUGUUUGUGUUUUUAUCUUUGCUUUCUCACUGUGAUAGGAUGAUGUGUACACACGGUUACAUUUUUUAUGAGGUUAUGUGGUGUGAUGAUCCAUAAGUAUUAUUAGAUCUGAAUGUUUUUUUUUUUUCUCUCUUGCUCAUGUAAUUAUAUUUUUCAAAUAUUAUUUGCAAAGCAAAGAUUUAACACCAACAACUUCAUUUCGCCUCAAUCUGGCUGUGCGACGACCGGUCAGACGAGGUCAUGACCAAAGUCAGGGAUACGAACAGUCUCUUCGCCCCGAUCUUUUUCAGUGGUUCCUGUCGUUUCAUUCUUCUCCUCGGAUGUUCGUUACGACAGUUAAAGGUUAUAGUGCUGACACGUACAAAAACGCCAAUGGGCAUUAAUAGCAAUAAUUUGGCUGAGAAGACAACGCCAGAUAUGUCAGCCGUCGUCACGUCGACCAUGUACCUGGAGUUUCCCGUUGUUGUUAUGGCGCGACCUAAUGCAUGUUCCAUUUGCCUCUUUUAUGUUUCUUUAUCUUCGUUUUGUUUCGCUCUUGAUGAAUAAAAAUCUCCAAACUGUUGCAUGUUGCUGUUGCUUUGUAACACUGGAAGGCCCUAUGCCAUGAGCUUUUUAAAAGUCCCUUUGAAACCGAGGUGUUACGAAGUUGAUCUUGACCUUGACUGGCCCGAAGGUGUCCAGACUUCACCUGAGUGGUCAAGGGCGAAGUUCCCUAGUUCAAGAUUAUUAUUCUCCCUUUCUCUCCCCCUUCUUUAUGUUAUUUGCAUGUCUUUCUCCUGUUACCGAUGGUUACUCUUUAGGCAUCACCACCUUAGCUUCCUCUGUAUUUAUUUUGUAUUGUUAUAAUUUUUGCUAUUAUCAUUGUUAUUAUUAUUACUCCUAUGAAUAUUGUUAUUUUUAUUAUCCUUAUGAUCAUUGUAAUUAUUAUUGUUAUCAUUAUUAUCAUUAUCAUUAUUAUAUGAUUAUUGUUAUUAUUAUUAUGAUUAUUGUUAUUAUUAUUAUUAUUAUUGUUAUGGUUAUGAUUAUCAUCAUUAUUAUCUUUUGUGCUUUUACUCAUGUAAACACACGAAUGUAUUUACGCGCGGCUUUCCCAGAGCUGGCAACACUACAAGAAGGGUUUCUUGCCGACUUGGUACCUCUGAACCCGGCACGUGUUCUAACGAGCUGUGGCUGCUAAUAAACUAAUAAUUGUU